CAUCUGUCAGCUCCGCUCCUCCCCUAACGCCACUGCGGGUUCCGUGGAUGGUCCGAUCAACGUGUGAUUAGACGACCGGUCCGGCGACGUUAUUAAUCCAACUUGCAGUCUGUCCUUUCCACAGCUCGCUGCCUGCCGCUUAGUGCGUGUUCUUCAUAUAGUCACGCCGUGUCCUUCAUUUACGCAGAUCGUCCGUUUCGACUUAGAUUGCCUAUUGCGGCCACGCCUACCCUCAGCGCCCGGCCCAGUGCUCCUGCCAUUUGUGUCGACGGCGUUUCAAUGCACUCUGGCCUCUUGUCAUACCCCACACCAAUAUCCGGCCGUUAAUCUUCCGGCGACUCUUAAUUCACAUUUGAGCUAGCUAGAAGACAAAAUGCGCACAGCAUCGCAGGUGUUCUACCUGGCAGUCUUCUCGCUGCUGGGUAGCUCGCACGCUGCCAGCCAUGCCGCGCCUACAAAGUCCAAAUCCCCGCCACCAAACGUCUGCAAUCUGGAGCCUGGCGCGAUCGUGUCAGACGCCUGCGCAAGCUACAGCACCCUCGAGCAGCUGAACGAAGCCGUACACCCCUACCUGCACUCGAUUACGCAAGACACCGACUUCUUCUCGCACUACCGCCUGAGUCUGUACAGCAAGAAAUGCCCCUUUUGGGACGACGAGAACGGGAUAUGCGGCAACGUGGCAUGCGCAGUGAAUACUUUGGAUAACGAGGAGGACAUUCCGCUGGUUUGGCGCGCGAAAGAGUUGGGACGUCUGGAGGGGCCCACGGCGCAUCACCCUGGCAAGAAGGAGCAGAAGGAAGACAGGAAAAGGCCGCUUCGUGGCAGCUUGGGCGAAAAUGUCGAUGAGAGCUGCGUAGUCGAAUACGAUGACGAGUGCGACGAGCGCGACUACUGCGUACCCGACGACGCGUUCGCUCCGGCCAAGGGCGACUACGUCUCUCUUGUGGACAACCCGGAGCGCUUCACAGGAUACGCUGGUGUGGGUGCCCAGCAGGUCUGGGAGGCCAUCUACCGUGAAAACUGCUUCAGCAAGCCUCCGAAAAUGGCUCCCGGACAGUCCGGUGGACAAUCCAACCCACUAGGGGCUUCACCGUUUGGUGGAUUUGGCAAUCAGCAGCAAGUAAUGGCAGCGAACCAGCUGCGGAACGUCAUGAAAGAGGGGGGUGUUCAGCAAAAGGUUCAAUCCGCAAUCGCCCACGGAACGGCUGUGGCACGUCUCGAUCCCGUCGAGUUUGACGACACCUGCUUGGAAAAGCGAGUCUUCCACCGCGUUGUUUCGGGCAUGCAUGCGUCUAUCUCUACGCACCUGUGCUGGGAUUACCUAAACCAGACAACCGGCCAAUGGGGACCAAAUCUUUCCUGCUACGAACAACGACUCCACAACUACCCCGAACGCAUCUCCAAUAUCUACUUCAACUACGCGCUUGUCAUGCGCGCGGUAGGAAAGAUCAAGCAGCACAUCCAGGACUACUCCUUCUGUUCUGAGGAUCCUGAGCAGGAUCUGCGCACCAAGAACUCUGUUCUACGUCUUGCUUCCGCGCUCCCUUCAGGUCCCGAGAUUUUUGACGAGACCGUCAUGUUCCAAGACCCAGAUACUGUUGCUCUGAAGGAAGAUUUCCGUAACCGCUUCAGGAACGUGAGUAGAAUCAUGGACUGCGUUGGCUGCGACAAGUGCCGCCUUUGGGGCAAGUUGCAGACGAACGGCUACGGCACAGCCCUCAAGGUGCUGUUCGAAUUCGAUGAGAACGACUCUUCAAAGGACCCCCCGCUCCGCAGGACCGAACUCGUUGCACUCAUCAACACCAUGGACCGUCUUUCCCAUUCACUAUCAGCCAUCAAAGAGUUCCGUCGCAUGAUCGACGAGCGUGAAGGUAUCCCUAAAGCGGUUGUCCCUGUAUCGCAAGAGCCUUCCCAGGGCGUCCUCAAAACGAAGCUUGCACUGGAAAAGAAGGAACCCGAGAUGAAGUACAGGGACGACGGCCUUCCCGACUUCAAUCGCGACUGGGAUGCCAGCAAGAUGACGGUCUGGGAGGAGGUGGUUGCAGAGUGGCAGCUGGUGAUGCGUGUCUUCAGAUACGUCUUGGUCCAAUGGUAUUACAUGCCGAAGAAGUUUGGCACAAUUGCUGUUCUUGAGGCCAAGCGCCUGUACGACUGGUGGGUAGGCACGGUGCCCGGCGAGAGGAGCUGGGAGAUUUACAUCCCUAGACGUGACGAGAUAUAGGUAUUCGUCUCAGAGCCACUACAUGUAUCGCUCUCUCUAAAGUGGUAUUUUUUGCAUAGCACAGGCGUUCAACUUAGGUUUGUUGGCAUUGGAUUGCGUUGUUAUAUACUACUAGCCAUUUGGGCUCUAUCAAUAUCCAGAUAUAUCCAACCUGAACACAAUUGCACACAA